UUAUCGAGGAUUUGAAAAAAACACAAAUGAUCCCAAAUUUUAAGAUUAACCAUUUACUAUAAUUUGCAGUAUAAUUUUGUUGUCUGCUAUGAUCAUCAAAGAGGGAUCUUGAAAACCCCAUUUCUUCCUCCCUCAACUUCCUCUCUCUUCUUCUCUUCUUCACUAUAAUCUUUUAUAUUGCACUGUUAAUUCUUUCAUUUUCUGCCGAGAGAAUCUCUGUUGCCCAUUGCCAGAGCAGUACUGCUCGUAAUUUCUCCGCCAUUUUCAAAAAAAGGGGGGAAAACCCUUUAAGAAGAAGAAAGAACAGUGACUCAGACUCUCAGUCGGCUCGCCGGACGCCGGGAAUUGGAGAAGUCUUGGGAGGUGUGCUAGCAGUGUUUUACUAGGGAUUGGCGUCGGUAAUUUGGUAAUAUUGUAGUUGGGUUUCGAAAAUGUGGAGGUGGGUUGGUGAGAUCUGGAGUGGUUCAGUAGCAUGAAGAGACCAAUUCCUCCGAUUCUAGCCGCCGCUACUAGGGUUUUUCGCCGUCGAAAGUUUCGUUUGCAUUUUUCCGCACCGACUUCUCGAUGACUACUACCAAACGUGCUUACAAGCUACAGGAGUUUGUAGCACAUUCUUUGAGUGUGAACUGCCUCAAAAUCGGGAGAAAGUCAUCUAGGGUUCUUGUAACUGGUGGAGAAGAUCACAAGGUUAAUCUUUGGGCCAUUGGCAAGCCUAAUGCUAUCCUGAGUCUGUCAGGUCAUUCGAGCGGGAUUGAUUCAGUUAGCUUUGAUUCUUCUGAAGUUUUGGUAGCUGCAGGAGCAGCAAGUGGGACUAUCAAGCUUUGGGAUUUAGAGGAGGCCAAGAUUGUCCGGACACUCACCGGACAUCGGUCCAAUUGUAUAUCUUUGGACUUCCAUCCCUUUGGAGAGUUCUUCGCAUCUGGUUCUCUUGACACGAAUCUAAAGAUAUGGGAUAUCAGGCGAAAAGGGUGUAUCCAUACCUACAAAGGUCACACACGAGGUGUUAAUGCCAUCAGGUUUACACCAGAUGGCAGGUGGGUUGUAUCUGGUGGAGAAGACAAUACUGUGAAGCUGUGGGAUUUAACUGCUGGAAAGUUGAUGCAUGAAUUUAAAUGUCAUGAAGGCCAGAUUCAGUGCAUUGAUUUUCAUCCACAUGAGUUUUUGCUGGCAACAGGUUCAGCUGACAGAACAGUUAAAUUCUGGGAUCUAGAGACAUUUGAACUUAUAGGCUCAGCUGGACCUGAGACUUCUGGAGUGCGCUCUAUGACAUUUAGCCCUGAUGGGAAAACCCUACUAUGUGGUUUGCAUGAGAGCAUGAAGGUUUUCUCAUGGGAACCAAUUAGAUGUCAUGAUUCUGUAGAUGUAGGAUGGUCCAAACUGUCAGAUCUAAAUGUCCAUGAAGGGAAACUUCUUGGCUGUUCCUACAAUCAAAGUUGUGUUGGUGUAUGGGUUGUGGAUAUAUCGCGCAUUGAACCAUAUACAAUUAGAACUAAUACUCGAUUAAAUGGUCACUCUGAAGUGAAGUCUAAUUCAAGCACAACUUUAUCGGGACUGGCAGAGGAUUCUGCAAAAGCCAGCUUAGGCAGGCUUUCAAUUUCUCAAAAUUCAGAUCCUGUCAAAGAAACUAAAUCUUUUGGAAGACUUUCGGUAUCCCAAAAUCCAGACAUUCAAAGGGAGCCCAAAUCUCAAGCAUCUACUGGAAAUGUUCCUGGUACCCCACAAAGGAUAAAUCUGAAUGUCGGUCAAAGAGCAACUUCAGUAAAUUCAGUUGCAGUUCCUAACAUGACAUCUCUAAAGAGGAAUUCAGUCAAAGUUCAAUCAUCAACCAACUCUUCAGCUUUCAACAGAUCAGAAGUGGUGCCUGUUAUUGUCCCAAGAAAUAACAACAUAAAAUUGGAGCAGUUAGCUGAAUCAAGGAAAGAAGGAGUUGGAGCCCAUGUGCCACCACAAUCCUUGCAAUUGAAAACAUCUGAUUUACGUAAGUUUUCAAAUGCAACUGGUGACCCAGGAAGGCCGACUUAUUCUACAGAAUCUGACAUUGAUGUCCCAAAACCUGCUGAAUUGAUUGGAAUUCCAGAGAGGAACAUAUUUCCUGCAAUUAAGAAUUCAGCAAUUGGAAUUGCUGCACCUGAGAGGAAUAUGAAGGAUGACAGACAUUUUCCUUCUCUAAAACUUGAAAUGAAUACUACUGCUGAACCACUUGCCAGAAACCAGCAUGAAAACUAUGAUACCCAAGUGCCUACGUCUAAUAAAGAUGCAUAUUCCAUGGAAAGUCAAAGAAGAGGGAGAGCACGGCCACUCGUAGCAAAUUGGGACAAGAGAGAGAGAGUUACUCAGUUUGACGGUUUUGCAGUCAGCUGUCCUACUGGGAAUCUACAUGCUCAGAGCACACUCCAAGCUAAUAUAUAUGAACAGAGGGGGCACACUUUAUCAACUGAAAAGGAGACACUUUCUUAUAGCGAUGAGGACUUCAUUGCCAACCUAAUGGAACAACAUGAUCAAUUUGUUGACUCAAUGCGGGCUCGUUUAGCUAAAUUAGAGGUAGUCUGCAGAUAUUGGCAACGAAAUGAUAUUAAAGGGGCACUGGGUGUGAUGGAGAAGAUGUCUGAUCAUGCUGUGCUUGCUGAUGUGAUGUACCUCUUGACCAAACAAUCUGACAUAAUUACAUUAGAUAUCUACACCUCUCUUCUGCCGCUCCUUUCAGCGCUUCUUGAAAGCGACAUGGAUAGGCAUCAAGAUAUUUCACUUGAAAUGCUGCUGAAGCUGGUUAAAGUAUUUGGGUCUAUGAUAUAUUCUUCACGGUCUGCUCCAGCAUCAGUUGGCGUGGAUAUUGAGGCAGAGCAAAGGUUGGAGCGCUACAAUCUCUGCUAUGUUGAACUUGAAAAGGUCAAAUGUUGUCUGCCUACUCUAACCAGAAAAGGAGGAUCUAUUGCCAAAUCUGCACAGGAGCUGCUUCUAGUACUCAAAGAAUUUUCAUGACAAUAGUAUAGUACUGAUUAAAUAUUUUGGACAGCAAUGGUAAUGUUGCUCGGGUGGGUUGUGAUGUUUGGGGCUGCGAAGUCUGCUCGUGCUGUCAUGUAUUUAUGGUUUGCAGAGGUAGCCACAUUCUUGCAGGGGUGAAAGAAACAUUAACGAACAACUAAUUCUUUCCGUAUUUUAACUGAUAACUCUCUCACUUGGGACUCUACGGUGCAGCUCUGCUGGAGUGGUUGCUGGCAAUGGACCAGGAAGUGGUGAAGAAUUCAUCACAUUUUCCGUUCUAACCCCACUAUUCACAUGUUGCCGUGUAAUUGUAGGCAUUUUGAGUGAAACCGUGUAUCGAUGAAAUUGGUUUGUGUAUCAAUCAAUGCAAAAGGAGUGAAUUGUAGGAAGAGGGUUGAACUAUAACUAUUGUGUUGAUAUAUUUAUAGUUGUUGAAAAAUUGCAGUUAUGGGCAACAGGUGAAUAGGCAAAGAGUGUGUUGUUUCA